UCUCGGUCGCCCAGUCAGUCUGGCCAGCAGACGUCAACGGGGAAUGGCCAUGUGGUGCGAACGACUUGUCCUGCUCGUGGUCUCGCUGCUCCUUGCCGGCUCCUGCGCCGGACAGUGGGCCGUCGUCAAGGGCUACCGCGUCGUCAUGAAGGCGGAUAUCGUCCGAGACUUUCCGGGGAUGUGCUACGACGUGAGUAGUUGCUCGGCGAGGGCCGUCAACGAGAGCUGGGCCAUCGGCGUCUGUAGCAGGGCGGCAUGCGAGAUGGACGAGUCGGGCAUCCUGCUCGAAGUGCACUACGCGUGCCCCCGGCUGCAGAACCGCCCGACACUUUUGUGCGACAUAAUCGAGGACAAGCGUCUACCGUUCCCGGCCUGCUGCCCGCGCAUGAUCUGCCAGCGCCACAAGAAGCAACCACCACCAACGCAGACGCAGCUCAAGCCCUUCACACCGCACGUCAGCGUCGACAAGGAGCUGCGCAAGAUACCGUUUGUCCUCAAAAGGUUCCUGGAGGUACAGAACACCACGCUGCUGGACGCCAUCAUCCUCAACCGCAUCAAGGCGCUUGAAGCCGCCGCAGUCAACGCAAGUGCCGCCGCGAAUGGAACGGUGGGCGACGCUGCCUUCCGUGGACCUACGAACGUGGACGACAUGGUGGAGGCGGCUCUACUAACCACGCAGGGUCCUGGUGUCACGACGCAGGACACCACGCCUUUUGGAACCACGGACGGCGCCGUCACAACGACGUCACCUGUGCAAACAACGCCGACCGAGUCGCCAGUCGAGAUCAUACGUGGCACUGGCUUCCAGAGUGACUCCUUACAACAAGAGCCGCGAAAAAGUGUGACGUUGCCGUCUAUCGGCGUCGAAGACGACGACGAACUCUUCCUGAACGACGCUCCCGUGGUUCCAUCGUCAGAAGCAGAGUCAACCACGAGAGUUCCGGAGACUCCCAAGACUACCACGACAGCCAAGCAGCAAUUCCCCGAGCAGGUUACCGAGCUGACCCGGACAGCCGUAUUCGCCCCCGACCGCACGAACAAGCCUGCAGCGGCCAUCACGACUGAACCGCCCAGAAGCGAACCGUCUACGGAGAUCUAUGACGAAACGACGACCAGAUCGGUCGGCCUCACUGUCCCCGAGUCCAUCUUUGGAACCACAUCAUCGCCUUCGACGGAACUGCUGCUUGAAACUACGCCUACUCCCCCUACAACAACCGAGACGACCGAACAAACCACGACGAAACAGGCGCAAGGUGAUGCCGGAAAGAAGAGCGGUAACUUGCCGACCAUUCUCAGGUCCCUGGUAGACAACGUGUUCGACUACUACGACUACAUCGACUACUACAUUCCAGGCCAAAAGCGCAACCUGACACCGCCGGCUCAAGAAAGGCCCGGAGACCGGCGGAGGAUCCCAGAGUCCAUGAUGGCACUGGUCAAGGAGCAGCUAAGCAAGCAGAAAGAUACGAACGAGUCGUCGUUAUUCGUUGAGGACCUUCAGGGGGAUCAGCCCGCACCAAAAGAUGAUCCAGAAUCCACCACGCCGGAUCCGGACAACCAAGAGUUCCAGAAAGAACUAGUCACAAAGAUGGCCGUGGACAUUCCUCGUGUGACGAAGCAAAAUGUUCAGGACACGACAACCGCAUUCGCUAGAACGGAGACGGCGACGCAAGAAGCCACUCGCACGGACCUCGCAUCCACCACUACAUCUACGCCCACUGAGGCCACCAGCACCGCCACAACGAGAAAACAGAUCGCUGGCUCGACGAUUGAGGGUAGCACGGGCACAACCACACUAUCGACGGGAAGAGACACGACUCUUACGCUGGUCAAAAGUGUCGGAACACAGUCGCGAGCUAAAGUGAACCUGGCAAUUGAGAAUCUUUCGUCCGAUAAACCCGAGGACAGGACGGCGACUGAUAUUUCUACCUCUACGGUUACCACUUCGGCAGUUCCUCAGUCUACCUUGACACCAACAACCCUGAGCAGGACCACAACUGUACCUACCACUCUGUCUACGCCAGCCUCAACACAAGAGGUGACGACAGCUGCAGUCACAACGACUAGGACAACGGCUCCACCGGAAACGUCCCGCCAGCCAGAGACAACGCAGUCUGCAACUCGCUCUUACCAAACCGCAGGAGAGACGGAGACCGCCUUCGUCGGUACGACCAACGCCAACGCUCCUGGAACCACGCCCGCAGUGACCACGACGGCUACUCCAAGUGGAACGGAGACACCUACAACACCGUCAACAACUAUCGUUCAGCAGACUACUACUACGACGAGAAAUGUUGAAACGACGGGACCCGCCACGUCGACAAAAACCGCCGAAACGACAACGACCGGCACCCGCCAACCGCAGACUGUGACGACGACAACAAGGUCGAGAGCAAGUUCCGAAGCCACUGAGACGACUCCGCAGCUGCAAACGACGAUUCAAACACAGCCUCUCCUCUCCGGACGUAACGACACUAUCCCUCUACUCACGAGUCCAGAGCCCGCUACUACUAGUGUCACGGCACCAGCAACACCUAGCACACCACCCUCUACAUCAACCAGGGCUUCCGAGAGGCCUCUAGGCGGCGCCCCAAACACGGUGCGGGGGAACGUGCUGCAAAAGGAUGGCGCCCAGCAACAAAGGUCGGGUAACGCCACGACCAAAGGCCAGCCCACGCCACCGACAAACAACAACGACGUCGAGUACAUCGACUAUGUCUAUUACUACGACUACAUCGACACUCCCGACAACUCGACGGCUAACGGUACCGCCUCCUCCUCCACGAAUAGCACCGGAACCCGGCUGACCAAACUGUCGAAGUCCGCAAAAUGAACGUGACACCAGCUCGUGAAAUGAUGAGGCUAUAGAUGAACUGUUUCUUGUUUCUAUUUAAAUGAGAUCCUGAAUGAGUUAUUGGAUGAAAAGGUGUUAGAAGUCACCUCCCGAGGAUGGAAAGUCGACUAAGAACUUUGUCUAGUCGGCAGGCAAAUUAAAGAGGCGUCUUUUUUGUUCUCUCUUACGGAUGAGCACGCCAAUGAUCAUGAACUGGAAUGGUGUAGCUGAAAUGGUUGGCAGCGUUAGUUUGUAUAGUGGUUGUUUGUGAUGCAUUUUCGCGCUUUUCUGUUUUGUUUUGCCGCCUUUAUUUUGUUUCAUAUGGCCCACGUUAUGUUCAGGGCAUGGUUUCUCAAUGCCACAGCGCCAUGUUAGUUGUCGAGAGUUGAAGGAUGCAUCUUCUAGGCACUCUGUAUGAUACUUGAAAUUUGAUCCGACUGUCACGAAUGCACAAGGCUAAGCGCAGCGUGGCCAGCUCGCCGGUAAGCUCGGCUUUUGAGGUAAGCAUGACUUUGCAGCCAAGCAAGAGAUCAGUAAGCUGGCUGCAUCGGGAGUAGCGUCGAGAAUAUCAAUCAUCCUAUAUAGGUAAACGACGUGUAUAGUGUGCCUAUAGUAUCCAAUACUGAAAUGUCACGCACGUCAGUCCACAUUUUCACUUCGCCUUUUUUUGCGUUUAUUUCUUCAGCUGCCAACCGUAAGAUGUGUGUGAAUGGUUAAAUGAACUCGCCUCAGUAAAUCGCAUGUAGCUACACCCUCAAGCGGCGCAACAUGUGAAAGUGAUGCCCAAGUUUAUUAUUAACUCCGUUCUGUCUUUAUUUCUACUCUACAAGCAACACCCACAAUCAAAUAAGGGCUAGGUGUUUUAAUUCUUCAGCAGAUGAAGUGUCACAAGCACCGAGUUGUGCGAAUUCGAAACAUUAGCUGUGUCUUCGAUGACACGGUCGUCGACACUUUCAUUCUGUAUCCUGGGAAGUCUUGUUCUGAACACGUUGCGCCGCUUUCCGGCUUGACGUAGUUAUUGAGAGGCAUCACGUCUUGGAGUGAAUCCUUGCAGCUCCUACUUUGUAUUAUACCUUACAAGCGAUCCCCAGUCGCCAUUACUGGGCCUGCUUUAUGAUGUGUUGUUGAUACCAUAUUGCAAAUAAAAUGUUGUUAUGCGA